AUGGACAUGGAGAGAGUAUCAGAGUCAUUCCCUAUCUCCUUAAAGGUAACAGUAGUGUGGGUAGUUGGCACCUUGUAUGGGGUGCAGAGCAGUGCCUCGUCUACCGUCGAUGACUCCGUGUUGCAGGAGGGCGGCGAGUCGUGGCAGGAGGCUGGCCGCCGCCUCACGCUGUACGGACGUGCCGCCAAGUUCCGGCGACAGAAGAAGGCCGCCAAGACGCUCGGCAUCGUCGUGGGCGGCUUCCUGCUCUGCUGGUUCCCCUUCUUCCUCAUCCUGCCCAUCGACGCGUCGUGCUCGUCGUGCGACCUGUCCGGCGCGCCGUUCACGUUCGCCUUCUGGUUGGGCUACUUCAACAGCUGCAUCAACCCGUUCAUCUACGCGUGCUCGUCGCGCGAGCUGCGGCGCGCCUUCCGCGCCACCCUCUGCUGCGCCUGCCGCGGGAGGUCGUUCAGAAACUCGGCAGUAUCUCGCUCCGGCCUCCAGAUAGUGGUAGUUGGAGCCAGCCUGUCGCUGCAGUCAGGUGGAGAGGAGUUCUGCAUCUUCCUGCCGGAUACGCGCCAGAGCAUCUGCCGCCGGCUGAUUGCGAUCGGCGGCGAUUCUGCAGGGGGCGGCCAAUUAAGGAGCGGCGAAAGCCAGGCGUCGCUGGCGCUGGGGGCGUCGCUUUCUCUCCGCAGCGCCGUCGCGACGCUCCACAUCUGCGCUGCGGCCGAAGCCGUCUAA